AUGCCAGUCAGGGAAAUAAAAAGUACCUCGCACAGCCUAAUUGUUCCGCCGGUAUUUAUUGCCCUGGACAAAUUGGACCAGGAGGAGUACGGACUCAGGAGUAGUUACCUAGUGACACACGUGAUUGGCCCUGAUGCAAAUGGGAGCCCCACAUCACACAUUCGUUCCCUGGCCUGCUUCUCGCAACCUGGCCAAGCUACCUACCUAGGUACCAGGGAGGCGAUCACACCAAGCCAGGCCAAGCUCGGCUCCCGCCAGCUCAUCGCCAACAAACUAUCCCCCUUGCUUGCUCGAUUGAUGCAGCGCCUUAGCAAUAAAUCUACAGCCGUACGGCCCAAGGUCAUAUUCUCAGGGAUCCAGCCUACUGGCAUACCACACCUGGGCAACUAUGUUGGCGCUUUACGGCAAUGGGUGCAGUUGCAACACCAUGAGCCCAAGGAUACAAAGCUGAUAUACUCCAUUGUCGAUCUCCACGCUAUUACCACGCCCCAAUCGCCGGAAAAAUUGAAGCAAUGGAAGAGAGAAAGCCUCGCCGCGCUUCUGGCAGUAGGAAUUGACCCAGAGCGGUCCAUUCUCUUCUACCAGUCGUCCGUGUGUGGCUACACCCUCGUCAUGGUGGGAGCCUAUGUCGAAUUGAACUCACUAUUCUGUAGAGCCACGCAUGUUCCCGUUGGACAUGAUCAGCAACAACACCUCGAAUUCGCCCGGGAGUGCGUCACAAAUUUUAACCACGCAUAUGGGGAAUGUCUAAUUCAACCGAAAACUAUUACUCCCCCGGUACAUCGAGUUAUGUCCCUUUCAGACCCAACAUCGAAGAUGUCCAAGUCACACAAACUGGCUCGUUCACGAAUUCUGAUCACAGAUACCCCUGAUGAGAUUAGACUCAAGAUUUCCUCCGCUCUGACUGACUCCGUCCAUGGGAUAUCCUAUGAUCCUGCUCUAAGGCCGGGCAUAUCAAAUCUCCUGAGCCUCUUUUCCAUAUUCGACGCGGAGAAACGAAGCCCCGAGCAGCUUGCACAGGCAUACAGUGAUACUCAUCCCCGCCUGUUCAAGGACAUGGUAUCCGAUGCGAUCACUCUUGGACUACAGGGCAUUAGGACUCGGUAUACAGAGCUCAUUGACGGCGAUACCCAUUAUUUGGAUCAUGUGGCGGCUGAAGGUGCGCGAAAAGCAUUGCAAAGUGCGGAAGAAACAAUGGGUAUGGUGAGAACAGCUGUGGGACUGUGA